CCACAUCCAUAUCCAUAUCCAUAUCCAUAUCCAUAUCCAUAUCCAUAGCCAACCUUGAAGUGCCGACAUAUGCUAAUGUAGGGAAGCAUGAUUCAAUAUAUUUACCGGAGACUUCUUAAUGAUGUGAACUCAACAUGGUCACUCAAAAUUGUAUUGAUACUAACCUACAACCUUUCAGAGACCAGUCUUUACUACCUUGUUAUUAGGAUUACUUUAUGUUGACUCAGAUAACUCAACUCCUUCUUUAUCAUCUUUCGAGUGUUCCAUGCCAUACAUCACCAUACCAUACCAUGGCUCGCUCUCAAUCUCUCCCCUCCUCUCUUCGUCUUUUUCCUUGUCAAGGAGACAAAGACGUGAUUCAUCCACUCAUCCACUCUAUCUCAUUCCGCCUUAUAUCGUACCACUUAUGGAAUAAUACCAGGGUACAGUCAAAACAGUCUGCCAAACCUCCAAAUCAUGAAGUCAUCUUCUUGGCAAUUUGUCAGGGCAUUCUUGAUUUUUUCUUUCCUCACUGCUUAUGCUCACGCUCACUAAUCAACUUUUUUGGUACGUAUCUCGAUCACGAUUUCUUCUCCACCAACCAAUUUUUACUCCAUAUUCUCAUCCCAAAAGAAAUACUUACAUCUCGAUCUAUACGCCCGAUGGCCCUUGGCAUCCAGACAAUGAGGUAACAUCUUCCCUUACGCAUCGCGCCUUGAAUUGUCUAGAAGCCGCUUAAAUCCAUCAGCUCAAUACUUUGUACACAUAUGGGGCCAGCCAGCCUACUCUUCCGCCUUAAUUGCGGAGCCCAACUACCUCAUCUAUCCUACCUGUACACAGGACUCGUACAACAAAGCACCAACUUUGGUCUGGAACUCUUUGCGCCCGUGACAAUUGAAGACAGCAGCUUUGUUCCAACACACCCGUUUCUUUGAUCUUGAUUCAAUCUUAUAUAUUCCUUAUACAAUCAAGCCUAUUGGAUGGAUGUUUGUUCCCUUUUCCUUUUCCACACGCCGAAAGACUCAGACCCGACAUAAGCUCAUAAAGUUAUUCCCAAAAAGCACCAACCCACUUAACCUUGCCUUGACUCAGUUAAGUGAGUGAUCUAAUCAUCUUUUCACAAAUUUCUAAACUCCGAACUAAAACCUCUAACCUCUACCCGGCCCUUCCGCAUUUUCCAUCCUUCUCUUUCUCUUUCAUCCAUCUCGUCCCUAAAAGGCCCUUUGUACCAAACAAAAAUCCUCAAGCAGGAAAUUCUUGACACUCUAACCCUCGAAACAUCUAGUACCCAUCCUCUAGUGCCUGUCUAGAACAGCCUCCUAACAUCCAAUCGGCAUUCGCUCCCGGAUAUUUACUUGAGAUCUAGAUAGAUUGUAUGCAUCUCCUCCCGUCUUUGCCUCUAGGACUGAAUGAAGAACGUCAUUGGAAAUUCGAAUUAAGGUUUGAGAACUUAAUGCACACACAAUUAGAAAUCAACAUCCAUCGUGUCGUAUCGUACGUGCACACGAAGAUUGAUCCAUCAAUACUUACACACAAUCACCACGUAUAUAUAUCUAUAUAUUUAUUUCCGUGUCCUCAUCUACCUCAUUGUUUACUCUCACUCCAUCAUCAUCUAUCUCAUCAUCUCUCAAUCAUCUUUCUCAAACUCUCUGCCAAGCAAAACCCGCACAACCGCAGAUAUCCUAGCACCAAUCUACUAGGUCUAUACCUAACAACACAUUCCCAGCCCGGCUACCAACCCAACCGGUAUCCGUCCAUCCCGACUCCAACCCCUCCCUCCCACAGCUGCUCUCUCGCUCUCGGAAUCCACGGAAUUGUCACUUUUGUUCAUUUCUCCAUUUCCAACCCAUUCAUUUAUUUCAAAGCAGACAGUCAAUCGAGCAUACCUCAUCUCUUAAAAAGCAGAGAAAGACAGGGAAAGACAGAGAAAGAAAAUUAUUUCCUUACUUAUCUGCUUACCUACUUGCUACGAAUUCUACCAUUUUAUCAGUUUCUUCAUCGGCAUCAUCAAAUUGAAUACCAAAUUAAAUACAUACGUACAUACAAACAUACAAACAUACAAACAUACAUACAAGAAAUAUAACUUAUACAUAAAAUAAAUUAUCCUAAGGAUCUCUCUGAGCAAUCGCAAUAUUCUUAUAUCCGCUUUAUCUCCCUCCUCAUUACAUACCUAUCUAGCAUAUCACAUCCAAGUACCGAAUCAAGGCGAGAUCAAGUUCGAGGAAGAAAAGAAAAGCGCCAGCUUGUGUGAAAACGGAUUCUAUCUUUUCAUUUUUCAAUCCUCUACCUGGAGAAAAAGGUGUGAGGAUUGCUUUGCAUGCCUAGCUGUUCUUUGUUGUGUAUGUGGGGAGAUACAUAGGUAUAUAUACUGAGCUACAUACGUAUAUACGUUCAUUUUCUACAACUACGGAUACUACUACUUGCCACCAAAGUGAACUUCUUUGGCGAUCGAAUUGGGAUUAGGAUUCCCUUUAUAUCCAUUCACAUUCUUCUAUUCGAAACUUUUUCUGGAGUGUAUUGGGAUUGAUAUCGAUAUCGACAUCGAAUUUUGAAUUAGGAUUGACAUUACAAUCGGACUUGACUCCGCAUUGGGAAUCCGGUAUUGGGGAUAUCGAUUUUGGGAUAUUCGUCGUUUUACACCAUAUUUUUAUUUUACUUACUGUGUUGAUCGAUUUGUACACAUACACCAGCAAUGACACGAUUACUAUCAAGAAGCUCACACACCUCGUCCCGCUCCACGACCCUCCUAAUCGCCUUCCUCUCCCUAACAUCCAACACUCUCUCUUCUAUCUUCUUCCACCAACUCCCUGACGAGCCGUUUCACCUCGCGGUUAACUAUGGAUUGUACCUACAUUUUGCAAAUGUGAUGAGUGUCUUUGGAGUUAUUGGGGCUUUGAGGAAACACUCCCUCUCCAUUCUGUGUUUCUCAAACUAUCUCCUCCUCGAUACACUCCUCAGCGCAAUCCCCCGUCUCCUCCUCCUAACCCUCCUCUCCAACUCCUCUUCUAUCCUCUGCACCCCCUCGUCAACCACCUCUCUCGAUUUCUCCACCGUCACUCAACCUCCCGCGCUAUCGCAAAAUGCGCAGGAAAUAAGUCUCGCUUCCUACACUAUCUCGACCAGUAUCCCCGCAUCAUCGCACAUUGCAUCUUUUGCGGAUUUUGUGGGGAGGACAGGAGGAGAUGAUGGAUGGACCGAGGGUGGAUGUAAGAAGAUUAUUACGCUGGGAUAUAUCACGUUGAUUGCGGGGGUUAUGGCAGCUAUGGGAUUACAGGUUCUGGGCGCGCUUUGUGUGAGGGAUUAUGCGAGGGGCUUGUUUGUGAAUGAGGAAAUGGGGAAUGAUGGAGAAUGGGAAAGGGAGACGGGGGAUAGAGAAAGAGAGAGGGGGGAUGUAGAGAGAGGGGAGAAGGUGAAGGUGGUGGAGAGGGAGGGGUUCAGACCACUUUUGGUGUUGGAAAGGGAGAGGGGUGAAGAGUUCAGGAGGAUGACUCCCAUUGUGGAAGAGAGGGAAUACUUUUAAAUGAUGGCAGUGAUUGAGGAAGUGGCCACAAGAGGAGAAUAAACGAGAUGAGAUCCUCCAUUCACAUACCCCAGGAGUACAUCUCCCAAGGACAUGAAGCAAGCAGUCCAACGAGACAAAACGACAUGAACAAGAAUUGACGAAAUUGUAUGAUACGAAAGGUGGUGGAUGGGAUCAGUCUGCAGAUGGAUGACAAACGAGUUACGAAGCGAACUUUGGAUUGCCAUGAUUGGGCUUGUAUAUAUCAAUAUCAUGGGAGGAAGCAUGAAGCAUGCAUGAAGCAUGAAACGUAAAUAGGAAUAUGGGGAAAGGGCGCUCAUUAGAUACCAUUACUACCGAUACCAUUGGGGAAGAAGAGGAAGCAGAAGAAGAAGUGUAAUAAUGAAUAAAUAAAUAAAGAAUUGUAUAUAUGGCAAUUUUGCCACAUGA